AUGCCAACACCUACCUCGCGCAAACAUCCUCCCCCCGCCGCAGGAGCAAAUACCCUCUUCCUCGGCACCACACGCGAUACCUUCGAAGGCCGCUCCGUCUCCCAGCUGAGCUAUACCACAUACCCACCCCUCGUGCUGAAGACGUUAACGGCGAUCGCGGAGGCCGCCGUCACCAAGCACCAACUCAAGGGUGUGAGUAUUGCGCACCGUCUGGGGGUUGUGCCUAUCGGAGAGGCUUCUAUUGCGAUUGCCGUGAGUGCGGGACAUCGUGCUGCGGCUUGGAGGGCGGGUGAGGAGAUUUUGGAGGCUUGUAAGGAGAGGGCGGAGAUUUGGAAGAGGGAGGAGUUUGUUGAUGGGGGCAUGGAGUGGAGGGCUAAUGCGGAUCGGGAUGCGGAGGGGAAUUUGAUUAGGAAAGAUGGCUCUUAA